AUGCGCUUUUCUUCCAUUCUUCCACUUCCACUCUUUCGUCAAAUUGCUCGAGUGAUUCAGCUUCGUUGUAGAAAUAAUCCAACUAGUCACAAAAAUUUAAGAAAUGUGAAUAAGCUUUGUCAACAUCACAUGGUUGACUUUGAGAGGACAACAUUUUUGCCAUGUAGCCUCAAAUUGCAACCAAAAGCACCCGUCUUUGUCCAUCAAAUUCAAGAUGUGGAACGCUGAACUGUGCCAACGAGACAAAAACGCUUUCACACUGUAAACAUGUUAGUGAUUGUAACGAUAAACACGGCCGCACCUUACUGAUCAUAGGAACUUCUCUCGGAUUGUUUGAGUGAAUUAAGUGUCGUUAAUUGAUUUUUUGAAGGCAAAUUCUGUACCGAAUUCUUCAUCGAAUGGACGGCCAGGCUAACCUCUUAUGUCACUGAGUCAUGAUGUACAAUUUGAAUUGUAAAAUGUUUAUGCCAGAAAUGUAACUAUGAAAUUAAUACUUUCGAGAUGUCAGAUGAAUACCUCUCAAACAUUUUGCGCGAAAGAAACACAAAUUAUUGAAAAAAAACUUCACAUGUCAUUUUCUAUUGCAUCCCACCUUUUUCACCUCUCAUAACUUUUCCAUGAUUUGCAG